AUGCUUCAGACACCGAACGUACAGUCUCUGUUCCUUAUCUAUCUAUCUAUUCUGUUCAUUUUCAUUUCUCUCUCUCUCUCUAUCCCUCAGUCUGUUCCUUAUCUAUCUAUCUAUCUAUCUAUCUAUCUAUCUAUCUAUCUAUCCUAUUCCUUAUCUAUCUAUCUAUCUAUCUAUCUAUCUAUCUAUCUAUCUAUCUAUCUAUCCUGUUCCUUAUCUAUCUAUCUAUCCUGUUUAUUUUCGUCUCUCUCUCUCUUUUCAGUCUGUUCCUUAUCUAUCUAUCUAUCUAUCUAUUCUAUUCUAUCUAUCUAUCUCAUCUAUCUCUCUCUCUCUCUCUCUCUCUCAGUCUGUUCCUUAUCUAUCUAUCUAUCUAUCUAUCUAUCUAUCUAUCUAUCUAUCUAUCUAUCUAUCUUCAUCACAGAAGUAGAUUUCAUUUACGCUACUUUGAAUAUUUCUUUCGCUUCGAUAUUUAGAAUUCGAGCAAAGACAAUUUGUAGCGUCAUUUUCAGACCCUACAAUUGUUAUUCACUCAGAAGUUUUCUUCUUCUUCUUCUUCUUCUUCUUCUUCUUCUUCUUCUUCUUCAGAUCUCAAUAUCCGUUCAUGAAGAGUUCCUAUCGCCGUGUUUUCUUGAGCAGAUGUACAACGGACAAUUCUAA